AUGCGCGACGACGACGAGGAUGCGUCGCCGGCGUCGGCGAAGGACUCGCGGCGGUCGCGGACGCUGCGCCAGCAGCUCACGGCGAGCCCCAUGAGCUGGGGCCGGUCCGGCAAGCGAAGCGACGGCGGCAGCGAGUACGACUCGCCCGCGUCGCCGCCGGGCCCGCCCGAGGGCGACGACGACUCGGCCGUGAGCUGCUCGACGCCCGUGGCGCUCGCGUGCAAGGGCGGCGGCGGCCGCGUCGUCGACCCCGCCGACCCCGACGUGCUCUACUUCGGCGACGAGCUCCGGCUCUGGGCCGUGUCCGAGUACGCCGUCGCGCGGCAGGCGCGGGACGGGUCGUCGAACAACGCGGACCUCGGCGGCUACGUCGGCGUCUACUUCAAGGGCCGCAAGCGGCGCGCGCGGACCGGGGCGGGAAGAGGGCGCGACGCGCCCGACUUCAAAGGCUCCGAGCUCGGUCGCUUUCCACUCGCGCGGACGGGGCAGCAGCCGCUCGCGUGCGUGCCGCCCGUCGGCGACGACGCGCCGGGCGACUUCGUCGAGGCGGCGUUUCGGGUCGUGGACCCCCGGGGGCUCAAGGCCGAGAGCCACGCGGUGAAGAUCGGCGACGAGGUGCUCCUCGUGGACCGCGACAACCACGCGUGGAACACGUCGACGAGCGGCGUCGUCGGCUACCUCGCGCCGCGGCUCCGGGGCGAGCGCGGCGAGACGCGCGUCAAGUUCAGCCGCGACAUCUCCCAGUUCCUCCGGGGGUCCGCGGCCCUCGACGAGAGCGCCAAACCGCCGCCGCAGCGGCCGCCGGUCCGCUACGGCGACAGCCUCUGGCUCGUCACGUGCCCGCCCUCCGCGGGCGACGCGAGCCACCCCGGCGGCGGGCGCCGGCGGCGCAAGGAGCACGUCCUGACGAACUUCAAGAAGGACACGUCCGCGCUCCUCGGCGGCUACCUCACCAUCGACCCGCGCGGCUUCCCGCUCCAGUUCUCGCUCGAGCGGCCGCCGCCGGCGCUCGAGUCCGUCGUCGUCGGCAGCGACCACCACUACCGCGUCGGCUGGGGCCAGACCGUGCCCUUCAGCCGCGCGUCGACCGUGAGCCUGUCGCUGUCGUCGGGCGCGUCCGCGGCGUGCGACCUGCACGAAUUGGAAGGGGACCGCAAGUGGCUCCCGCUCCGCGCGCCGCCGCGCGCGCUCAAGCACCGCGCGAGCUCGCCGUCCCUGGCCAACGCGCGGGGCCCGCCGACGGGCGCCGUGCUCCUCGAGGUCCGCGACCGCCGCGUCGAGGCCGCCGACGACGACGACGGCGACGACGCCGCCGCCGCGCCGCCGGACGACGCGCCGCCGCCGCCGCCGGCCAUGGAGCCCUACGAGCCCCUCGUGCUCUGCGCCGCGGCGCGUUUCGCGGCGCAGGCGCUCCUCGCCGCGCCGGCCGCGCGCGCGGCCGCCGCGGCCGCGGCGCCCGCCGCGGCCGUCGCCGCCGCGCUCGCGGCGCCGCCGCGGCUCGUCGGCGCCGUCGCCGGCGCGGGCGCGGUCGCCGGCGCGCUCGUCGCCGCGCUCCUCGGCGCCGCCGCCGCCGACGCGGCGCUCCUCGGCGCCGCGGCCGGCGUCUUUUUCCUGGCGUCGCGCGCGCCGCAGGCCGACGCGGCCCGGGGCCCGCGGCGCCUGCUGCGGAGCCUGAGCGGCGCCGCGCGGCGGCCCAAGACGCUCAGCGGCGAGCUCGCCAUCCUCCAGUGGUCCCCCGAGGGCGACGACGCCCUCCUGUCCGUCGCGACGCCGGCCGGCGGCUUCGGCGCGAAGCGGCGGCGGCGGUCCGGCGGCGCGCUCGCGGGCCUCGGCGAGGCCGCGACGGCGGCGGAGCGCGGCGCCGUCGAGGAGCUGCGGCGGGUCGUCGCCGGGGACGCGUCCCACGGUCGCUGGCUCGAGGACGGCGAGCUCCUGCGCUUCGUCCGCGCGCGGAAGACGCUCGAGCAGCGAAGCGACCUCUUCCGCGAGGCCGCGGACUGGCGGCGCCAGCGGCGGAACAAGGACGGCGCCUACGCCGAGUCGGCGCAGGGGUCCUUCGGCGGCGACGAGCAGGCCUGGGUCGACGGCGCGGCGCCGCCGCCGGACUGGUUCAUGACCGAGAACCUGCCGUUCGAGCUCUUCGGCGCGGACGCGAACGGCAUCCCCGUGACCUACAUCGGCCUCGGCCGCAUGGACCUGAGCGGCAUCUGCCGCGAGGUGGGCAUCGAGCGGCUGGAGCAGAAGAUGAUCAUGCAGAACGACAUGUUCAUCGACAUGGCGCGCGAGAAGACGCUCGCGCUGACCGCGGCCGCGGGCGAGCCCACGGUCACGCACGGCGGCGUCUUCGUCAUCGACUGCGACGGCCUCGGGCGGCGCCACCUCGCCGAGGUGCGCAUCUUCCGCCACGUCUCCGCGGCGCUCAAGGUCCUCCACCCGGAGCGGCAGCGGAAGACGUUCAUCGUCCGCGCGCCGCGCAUCUUCUCCAUGGUCUGGAAGCUCAUCAAGCCCAUGCUCGACGCGCGCAUCAUCUCCAAGAUCAACAUCAUCGGCGUCCACGACAGCCUCCAGCCCGUCAUCGACGAGCUCGGCCCCGCGAACCUCCCGUCCAUCUUCGGCGGCACCUACGACCUCAAGAUCCAGCUCUCGGACAAGCUCGUCCCCGCCGGCGCCUUCGACGCGUUCAAGGCGAAGCGCGCGCCGUGA